AUGAGCAACUUCCAGACGUCCACUAUGGAUUAUGACAUGGACAUCUACCUAAUGAUGGCGUGGCGUGAUGCGCGGCUGGUAAAUCCCUACGAGAAGCCGAUCCUGGUAAAGGAAGAGGAGAUCCUCGAGAAAAUCUGGCGUCCCGACCCCUUCUUUGCCAACGCGAAAGAGGCCGAAUUCCACGAGGUCUCUUUCCUCAACUUUUUGAUGCGAAUAUUUCCGGAUGGACUGGUGCUAUACGAGACUAGGAUCAAGCUCCGCCCGGCGUGCAAUUUGAUUCUGUGCAAGUAUCCGCACGACAAGCAGACGUGCGAGUUGCAGAUAAAAUCUUUUGCUUAUCCAAUAGAGACGGUUCGCUUUGAAUGGUUUACCCGGAAAAAGGAUGCAAUCGACAAAAAUCCCGACGUGAAGCUUCCAGAGCUAUACAUUGAUCGUUACGAGCCGAGGUCGUGCAACAGGACCCGGAAAUCAGGCGAAUUCUCGUGUCUACGAGCAGUUUUCCGGCUGAAACGAGACGUCGGAUUCCACGUUGCCCAGACUUACAUCCCGACCUCAUUGGCGCUGAUGUUUUCAUGGGUGGGCGUCUGGUUACCGGAAGAGUUUAUGGAGGGCCGCAUCGGUGUGGCUAUUACGGUGCUUUUGACGUUGUCAACCGAAUCUGCCGGGGCCAGGGAGCAUUUGCCGAGUGUCUCCUAUUUAAAGGCAAUUGAUUUAUGGUUCGGGUUCAUCACCGGCUUCGUGUUCUUCACGUUGCUGCAAACGCUGUUUGUCAUCGGUUUUGAUAAGCGGGCCGGGCAAUUGCGCAAAUGGGCAAUGAAAAAGAAGGCUGAUGUGACAGAAGAGCUGCGGGACGCCAUCCUCACGAAAGCAAACCGAUACCACAAAACCGGGCGGUAUCUCGACAACUUCUGUCGCGUCUUCUACCCAUUGUCCUUCUUGCUCUUCCUCAUCAUGUAUUAUUUCGUCUUCACCGAAGGGCGUCAGGACGACUGUAUCUCCAGGCGGGAU